AUGCAGAAUCGGAACUUUCAGUUUCCCGUGGAACCGAUGAUAACGAAGAUGGCUGCUGUGGUACAGAAUGGUCUGGAACUAGGGAGUGUUAACGGAUCGUCAAGCCUGCACAAAACGAUACCGAUGAAGGAUAUUGACGCCAUUAAAUUAUUCGUGGGACAGAUUCCUCGCAAUUUGGAGGAGAAGGACUUACGGCCGAUCUUUGAAGAGUUCGGACAAAUUUACGAACUCACCGUAUUGAAAGAUCGUUUUACCGGCAUGCAUAAAGGUUGUGCUUUUUUAACUUAUUCUUCACGUGAUAGCGCACUGAAAGCUCAAACAGCUCUACACGAACAGAAGACACUACCAGGGGUAAGUACCGUUUAUUGCGCAUGCUCACGAUCAACUUCCGAUCAUUGGAAAGCUAUGUGGUGAUGAGACUACAGUACCAGCGAUGUGUUCAAGUUUGAAGAA